UAUAGGGAGGCUUUGUGUCUGGCUGGAUUUUAAAGUGUCUUGUAGAUUGAGCUUUUCUCUCUGUGGAGCUCUCUGUGUUUGAGGGGAAUGGCAUGAAAAGAUAUCUGUGAGCUAGCCUACUUCAGAAAUCUUCAAAAGAGGAGGAAAAAGUGACUUUGCAGUUACAACUGUUGCUCAUUACUUUGAGAAACAACAACAACAAUAGGUCGACUGUAGAGAAAACCAUGGUGAGGUUGAGAGCUACCAUUCUUUUUUGCCUAGGUUUUCUUCUGGUUUCUGUUCGAGGUCAAGGCGACUUUGAUUUGUCUGAUGCUCUUGAUCAUUCAGGGAAACUGACUACUGAGAAACCUGCACCACCUACCAAAAGGCCAGCAUCAGAUAACCACCCAAAACCCCAACCACAUCCUCAUCCACGACCAGGGAGCAAUAGCAACACCGGUGAUAUCAGCGACUUAGAUCUCAAUGAUGGGAAGCCUCUGCCACCAAGGCCACCAGGAGAAAGGGAACAGAAUUACAAUCAUGAAGGAAACACUGAUGCUGGACUAGCAGCUGGAGUUGCAUCUCCUGUGGUUUCUGCAUUUGUGCUGUUGCUUGUUGGAUCAGUAGCUGGCUACAGAGCUUACAAGAAUAAGCAACUUUGUUUUAAACCACGUGGUGAGACCUCUAUAUAAGCUGCCAGGAGAUGACCUACACAGUGAUAGUGGCAAGACCAGUCCAAGAUGUAUAACAUACAUAUAUUGCUCUCCUGAAAAAAUAAUGCAUAAAACGGCUUUUUUUCCUUGGGACAAAAAAGAAGAAAAAGAGGAGGACCAGCUAAACCCAAAAGCAAGUUUUAUAAGUCCUUUCUAUGCUUUGGUUAUCCUACACUGAAACCCCCCACCACCAUUCAUUGAAAAUCUUGAAAACUCAUCACAUUUCUUCUCUCCUCAGCUUACUGACACAAUUUUAUUCUGGACUUUAUGUAAUUAAAGAUGCACUUAACGUAUGUAUAAGUAAUAUAGCACAAUCUUCAUGAUCUACAUUUUGUGUGUAU